GCCAACUGUUGUGUGUUCUGUGGUUUUGUGACACCGGGGGCCAGUCAUACUUAUGGUGAUUUAGAAUAUAACAAGGGGAGAACCUGAAUAACUAAAGUUAUGCGAUCUGCGGCACACUUGUGGUGGCGGCGCUGCUGUUCCUCUGCUUGUGCAGACAGGAGUGUGAUGCAAAUAUCGUCGACAGCAGUAAUGAACUGACUUAAAACAUGGACCCCACUCUGUCCUCGCCCCGCUGCUUGUCACGUGUCCUGAGUGACCCCAAAGUCUCUUCUCACUGGAGCCUUCUACUUCUACUGUCACUAACCCUCCCAUGCAGAGCUGCUGGGGUACCCGGCCACCCGGGACUGAGGGACGAGGUGCCAACAACUGCGGCAUCGUCUGAGCCUGCCAACUCUCACAUUCUUCCUUCAACAUAAAGGCCUGCAAGUUAAAUACCAGAGCAUAUCCAGUGAAAAGACCAACUUCCAUGACAUGGAGUCCAAGACCUUGCAAGCGACCAUCGUACCAUCGCGAGGGCGGGUGACUGGACGGCUCAUGCUGGCCGUACUCUAUGCUGUCAUGGGAUCCUUGUGCUUCGGGUACAACACGGGUGUCAUCAACGUCCCAGAGAAGAACAUCAAGGACUUCGUGAACAAGACAGACUGGGACAGGUCGGGGUCACCAGCAUCAUCUGACCGUGUGACCUGUCUGUACGCCCUCAUUGUGGCCAUUUUUGCUGUGGGUGGUUGUGUUGGCGGGAUCCUGGCUGGAGCCUGGUCCAAUUUUUUCGGCCGGAAACACGGGAUGGCGAUCAGCGCUGUGGUUGGAGUGGUGGGGGCGGCUCUGAUGUAUUUCAGCAAACAAGCCGCGGCGUACGAAAUGAUCAUUGUCGGCAGACUCGUCAUCGGCUUUUCGUCAGGCCUGUACACCGGACUCACCCCCAUGUACCUGUCGGAAGUCAGUUCGCUGCACAUCCGGGGAGCGCUGGGCGUCCUCCAUCAGCUGGGAGUUGUGUGCGGCAUCCUGCUCUCACAGAUUCUGGGCUUUCCUGAAAUCCUGGGCACUGACGACUACUGGGAAAUCCUGCUGGGUCUGACGAUAGUACCGUGCGUUGUUCAACUGCUGCUGCUGCCCGUGUGCCCGGAGAGCCCGCGUUUUCUUCUCAUCGCCAAGGAACAGGAGGAGGAGGCGCGGAGAGUUCUCCGGAUGUUGCGAGGUACAGAUGUCAUUGACGACGACAUCCAAGAGAUGAAAGCAGAAGCUUGUCAUACGGCAUCGGAACCGAAGAUACGCCUUCAAGACUUCGUCAGCAAGAAGAGUCUGCGCACGCCACUCAUCAUUAGCAUCGUCAUGCAACUGUCGCAGCAACUGUCUGGUAUCAACGGGAUCUUCUACUACUCCUCCAGCCUCUUCAAAGGCGCCGGUCUGGAGGAGGACACGGCCAUUCAUGCCACUAGCGGAGUGGGCGCGGUCAUGGUUUCCAUGACACUGGUGACGAUUCCUUUGAUGGACAGGCUGGGCAGGCGAACGCUGCACAUGGUGGGUCUCGGCGGUAUGUUCCUGUUUAGCAUCCUCAUCACCCUCACCUUGGCACUGAAGGAUGAAGUGGAAGGAUUCAAGAUAGGCAGUAUCGUUGUGUCACUCAUCUUCGUUGUCUUCUUUGCACUGGGACCUGGCUCCAUUCCAUGGCUGAUAGUGGCCGAGCUCUUCGCACAGGGCCCGCGAUCAGUGGCGAUCAGUGUGUCCGUGCUGGUCAACUGGGUGGCCAACUUCAUCGUGGGCUACUCUUUCCCUUUCAUUCAGAAAGGACUUGGUGACUAUACUUUCCUGCCCUUCACGGUCUUUCUUCUGCUCUUCGCCAUUUUCACGUUCGUGUACCUUCCUGAAACCAAAGGGCGUACGAUCGAAGACAUCACCAUGGUCUGGCGGGCCAAGGAAGACAAAUCUGCUCCGCCAUUCAAGGAAGAUGAAAAUAAAGCAGCUGCAUCCAGGCUCUGAUGUCAACAACGUCAACGAGACAUGCAGCAGCUGCACAUCGCCACCACUUGCUGAUGUCCAUCUUGGUCAGCUGUCCUCCAGUGUUCUGCUGCCAUGUGCUCCGUUAAAAACUCAAACAAGUCCGCGUGGAAAGACGAUGCAACAGGGUAGAGCGGGGAAUGGUGAAAGUCCCCACUGAACUGCUCCAUUAAAUUCCAAUUUCUUUUUAACAAUUCGUGAUGUAAAGUAUUUCUGUGUAGAUUAAAAACGAUCUAAAAGGUUC